AGCGCCGAGGGCAGCCGGGGAGCGCCGGGGCUUCGGCGGCUACGGCCGAGGGCGGGACAGGAAGGCACGGCGGCGCCGCAGCUUCGCCCGGCGCGCGGAGGAGCUUCUGCCCGCGGUCCCUCCUGGGGGCUCACCCCGCCCCAGGCGGGUGCAGAGGAUACGUGUUAGCACGUUCCUGCCGUUGUCGUCUCACCCCAUGUCACAGCCCCUCUUCCAGGCCUGGGACCCCCGGCCCCAUUAUCCCCAGGCCCAACCCCGAGCGCUGACCUGGCCAGGUCCCUCUCCUCCUCCGGCCGGUCUGCCCGGACAGCGAGGGCCACGGCCCGGACCCCCGCAGAAGACACUCGUCAGCACGUUGUCACCCCUGUCAUCUCGUCCCUCUGCCUAGCUCCACCCCAGGCCUGGGAACCCGGCCCCCUUUGGCCCAUUGUCCCAGGGCCCAGUCCGGCCGACCGCAGGUUUGGCCCUCGCCCCUGACCGGCGCGUGUCCCCUGGCAACGCACGGAGACCCGGGAUGCAGCCCGCAGGCAGGGCUGCCGUCAGGGAGGCGGCGGGCCGCGAUGUGCUGGCCGCCGACCUCCGGUGCAGCCUUUUCGCCUCGGCCCUGCAGAGCUACAAGCGCGACUCCGUGCUGCGGCCCUUCCCCGCGUCCUAUGCCCGCCACGACUGCAAGGACUUUGAGGCCCUGCUUGCAGAUGCCAGCAAGUUACCCAACCUGAAAGAACUUCUCCAGUCCUCUGGAGACAAAGACAAACGGGCCUGGGACCUGGUGAGCUGGAUUUUAUCCUCAAAGGUCCUGACAAUCCACAGUGCAGGGAAGUCAGAGUUUGAAAAGAUCCAAAAGCUGACUGGUGCCCCUCACACGCCUGUCCCCGUGCCGGACUUCCUGUUUGAAAUCGAGUACUCCGACCCAGCGAACGCCAAAUUUUAUGAGACCAAAGGAGACCGAGACCUAAUCUACGCCUUCCACGGGAGCCGCCUAGAAAACUUCCAUUCCAUCAUCCACAAUGGCCUGCACUGCCACCUGAACAAGACAUCCUUGUUCGGGGAAGGGACCUACCUCACCAGUGACUUGAGCCUGGCCCUCAUUUAUAGCCCCCAUGGCCACGGAUGGCAGCGCAGCCUCCUUGGCCCCAUCCUCAGCUGCGUGGCUGUGUGUGAGGUUAUUGACCAUCCAGAUGUCAAGUGCCAAACGAAGAAGAAGGAUUCCAAGGAGAUAGAUCGCAGGAGAGCAAGAAUCAAACAUAGUGAAGGCGGAGACAUCCCUCCAAAGUACUUUGUGGUCACCAAUAACCAGCUCCUGCGGGUGAAGUACCUGCUCGUGUACUCGCAGAAGCAGCCCAAGAGGGCUUCAAGCCAGCUCUCCUGGUUUUCCAGCCAUUGGUUUACGGUCAUGAUAGCCCUGUAUCUGCUGCUGCUGCUCAUAGUGAGUGUCAUCAACUCCUCAGCCUUCCAACACUUUUGGAAUCAUGCGAAGAGAUAAUCUUUCUGGGCCUGGUGUGGGGGCCACCUCAACCAUGUGCCUUAUGAUAACUUGUUGUGUACCUCCCGUGCCCUUCGUCCAGCCAGGUUGAGCCUGGGGGCCAGUUGGGGAACACAGGAAAAUUUUCGUAUGCCAUAAUGUAUUGAUUGCCUUUGAUGAUACUCCCAGCCAUGCUCCGGUCAACGGGGACCACUGGUCCCUCACUCUUAGGUUUCGGGGGAGCCCUCCUGUCUGCUCCUUCCUAACCAGUCCUAGGGAGUUGGCCUUUCUGCCAGGGCCAAAGGAAAAAGUCCUGCUGCAUUUAAAAACAAAGUGUCCAAGCUGUCAGUGGUGUGUUUACAAUUGCUCCUGGCGGACAUUGACCCUUUCUCUAAUGCUUUCUGGAAGGCGGGAAAUGUGUAGUGGGGACUAUAAAUCACCAGGCGAUUGCCUUGUUUUGACUUGAGACACCCAAGAGGAGCAGUCCUGUUUCUCAUAAAAAUCGGUGGGGUCGUUUUUGAAUUCCAUCAGCCUUUGUAUGUGAGUGCAAAACAUUUUCACAGUUUUCUCAAGUCAACAAACAGCCUUCUGCUACAGCUGUAACCCCCCUGCUCAUGGAUGAGAAAGGAAGGAGUCAGAGACCUGAUAAAAAAUAUGGACUUAGCAAUGAGCAACUCAAGUUGGCUUUUUCUAAAAAUUACCGACUGCUGAUUACAGCUGAAAUGGAACCAAAUGUUUAUUUUCUGAUUUUUUAAAGAAAAUAGCUAUUUGACAAGUGCGUCUUUGUGAGCUGAGUAAAAGGGGAAAUUUCUAAACCUAGAGCACGACUUGGGCAGUGUCCACAGCCUCUCUCCUGGCCAUGUUUUAGAGAAAGGGGUUUGAGUUGCAGGUCUGCCUCCUGUUCCUGUUCUCACGAAGCUGCCUUGACUGUGGCCUGCCGGCCAUAAGCACCACGCCGUAGGCCCUCUAUGGGCCGUGGAGACGGAAGCCUGCCUCAGUGUGCCACGGAUAUGCAUGGACCGAGCCUCCCUCAGAGGGGUCAGGUCUUUGGGACUCAGCCUGGGCUUUAAAUGUGCAGGAAAAGCCUCUGGCUGCCCAGAGGGCUGUGGUUCUACUUGCUGUAUUCUCUGCCCCUCCUUCCUGCCCCCUUUCAGCCAUAAUGGAGUCCUGUCUGAUUUGGGGAAGGAGAUUUCUGUAAAGCAGGGGGAAAGUCAUUUUUCUAUAAUUUGUGAAGUUGU